AUGGCAUCUGCUCAAUUAAUUAACUGUAUUGUUUGUGACGAACCUGUUCGUCCAAGACAGCAGGGGGUUCAGUGCGACGGCUGUUUACGAUGGAACCAUCGACUCUGUAAUACUGGUAAGUAAACUUCCAUUUCACCUGUUUCUUAUUAUAUAUUUAUUACACAUAGAAAGACCAAAUUUAACAAUCUUGCUUUAAAUCCACAGGUAUCUCUCAAGAAGCUUACCGUACCGCAGUUAGAGACGGCGUUGAAAUCGACUGGUUGUGUGCUGCAUGCGCCGAGUUGACAUCUGAGCAAGAGUACGACUCAGUUGCAGUCCCAGACUCACCGCCUCCAUCAUCACCAAUACCAACAUCACCUACGCCAGUGUCACCCACAGCACCUUCGCCUACAUCCUCGCCUCUGCCAGUGUCACCGACUGAAGCGUCCCCCGUAGCGGUUGAGCUAUCGCUUGAUGACCCGGACCCUGCGGAGAUUGUCCAGCAGCCGAACCAGCUUACAUUCACUAUCAUUGACGAUGCCACGUUGAAGAGGAAACGAAAGCUGGUCGAUAACGACGGCUACACAUACAACGUUAAGAGGCAGUGUGUUGGCGCUACGCAUUGGCAGUGCACAGUACGGCCUAAGGUAAAUAUCUUUUUUCCUUAA